AUGCAUGUCCCCGUUGAUGGUCCCUCUUCUGCGACAGAUCCCGCAACUUCGUCCAGCGUGUCCAUCCCGGGCGCGUCUCCUCCCCCCGCGGUCUCCAUCUCCGGCUCUCCAAAUGAACAACCCUCCACCCUUCGCCGUCUGAAGUCCAAAUCCUCCCUGUGGAGUAUUGGGAGCAAUAACACCGAAGACGACGCGCCGUCUGAGCCACCCAGUGCCGAGAAGAACACUGGAAAGCAAUCGAUACUUCGUCGACUGUCGCCCGGUCUCGCGGCCCGCGUCAAGUUACUGGACGGCAACAACAAGAGUAGCAACAACUCGCGGACCCCGAAUGUCGGUCGCAUCCCUGAGGAGCACCUGAAAGAACUCGACAGUCUGCACCAAGAUCUCUCAAUCCGGAUUCAGAAGAAAGGCCAGGCUUGGAGUGGCCCCGCCUCCGCCUCCCCAGGAUCAACAAGUUCCCAGAAACGGAGCGCGUCCAACAAACUUGAACUUCCCAGCCAAGAUCUGCUAAGGCAGGCUUCCGGAGUGCGUGAGCAAGGGUCCCCGCCCGCCAACGUGUUCGUCGAAGGCCCGCCGCUCCCUGUCCCAUCCUCCGCUUCACCUGCGGUGACAGCCCCCGGUGCAGAGAACAGCGCUCCGGUACCCAUGUCUGCUGCUGGCCCAGCGCCGGCGCAACUGGGCGCAGUCCCCGCUCGCAAACCCUUGCCCAGUGAUACAAUCCAAGAUACGCGGACGGACUUCGAGAAGAUGCGCCCCCUCCCCCCCCGAAAGACUCCCCCCCCCGCCUCCAUAUCCUCCAACACCCAAUCCUACUUCAACCCCCAAGGGCUCCAUCGCGCCGAUUCUAUAUACUCAUUCUCCCGUGCAUCAUUCAGCAACCAGCUCUCACAACUCACAUCCAUCCCUCUUCCCGACCCCUCUGCACUCGAGACGAGUAUCCAAAACAUAUCCACCGCCCUCGCCGCAGUCCGCGCUUUGAACGGUGCAGCAGAUCAGAUCCAGAUAUGGAUCAGGAAAGCUUCCGAUGUGCUCAGCGGCUUGGAUGCGGAAGACGAUGUCGAAUGGGCGGCGGCCGGUGGUCGAGAAGGCCUUGAUGGAGUCGACAAGGCGAUCACGCGGUUCGAGUCACUGGUCAAUGUGUAUGUGAGCGCCAUCGAGAAGGUUCAGCUACGAGAAGACAUUGCCAAUGUCGACUCCGACAAUCUCAAGACCAUCGUCAGUCAGAUGGAGAGCAUCCUGCAAAACUGGUCGCAGAUCAAAGUUAAGCUCCGGGGCGUGAAGGAGCAAGUUGAGCUGUCGAUGGAAUGGGAGGAGCUUUGGUCCAACGUGCUGGGUGAUCUCGGAAUGGAGAUCGACAAACUCAGCAGCAUGAUCUUCGAGAUGGAAGAGAAGCGCCAUCAAACACUAUUAGACCCCAGUGGCGAAACUAGCAAUGGCCUUGACAUCAAUGAGCUUGAAACGAUUGUGGAGGAAUCACCUGUCAAGGGUCGCUCGCCUGCUAGCAACCGGUUUAGUCUUGGGCCUAUCUUGGCUGGGACCUCGGGUACGCCUACCAUCAAGACACCCCAUGAUGAUUCUAGCCAGUUCAAGCUUGCUGAGCUAGAUGCUCGAAGAGGUGCUCUCCGUGCUUCGCUGGAUUUCCUUCCUAUGCGAAUCUCCAUGUUCCAGUCAAGAGCCAUGAAUGUCUUCCCAAGUGCAAUCGAGGAGUUGGAAGAUCGACAGGAGCGUCUAGAGAAGAGCUACCAGGCCCUCGAACAAGAGAUCAAGACGCUGGCAAAGGAGCUGGGAGAGGACCGGUGGAUUAUCGUGUUCCGCAAUGCAGGCAACCAAGCACAGAAGAUGUUCGAUUCGGUCGAGCGCAGUAUAACCAAGCUACAAGAAGGCCUGGAAUCGAAUGCGCAGAUCAAUAACCCGGCCAGCUUGACCAAGCGCAUUGAGAAUUACGAGGCGAAGAAGAUGCACUAUCUCCCGGCCAUUGAGCGUGUCAUUUCGAUCAUUCAAAAGGGUCUCAAUGAACGUCUCACUGUCAACGGCGAGGUCCUACGAUUACUGGCCGAUAUGCAAUCCCGUACAGAUGCUCUCAAGGCCAGUCUGAAAGUCAUGGAUGCAUCUCUCGAGGACGUACAGAUUGCCAGCAAUCACCAGUUGAGAGAUUCCAUUUCCAGCAUCCUGACUCUAGAUAGCCCCGCGACUGGAAGCAUUGCCGAAACCCCAGGAAGCUCGCCCGCGUCCUCUGUUAUCCUCAGCGGGAGCGGAUAUAAGGGCGGAUCAACCCCGCUUGGGGAUUCCAGCCGCCGCGGAAGCUCCGUUGGCAGCACAACUCGCACUACUUUGUCCAAGAUCCGUCGCGUAUCCGGCUUGCCCCAGGCAGUGACUAGCCGGAAAUCUUCUAUUCCGACCCCAGGAGGGGCAUAUUCGCCCCAGCACACAGCUGUCACGCCGACACCAGCUUCUCGCAAAUCUCGGGCCACAACUACAAUUAUACAUACCCGCAAGCCGUCCGGAUCCUCAACCACGCCUCGACCUGCUUCUACUCUCUCCUUCUCACGUGGCAUGUCUUCUUCUCCGGCACCCGGUGCAGGCCGCUCUAUUAGUCGUCUGUCCUCUCGUCUCGCAUCUUCAUCCCGCAGCCCUGCCCGGAACGUCUCCUCUCCAACGCCCGCCCACUCUUCUUUGCUUGAUCCUCCCCCUUACAGCCGUCUCCGCCGGCCCUCGAAUAUACCCAACGCUCCUGAAUUGAGCAAUACUCCACGAAGCCGACAAAGCUAUGCGGGCGUCGGGUCAUCCUUUAGUCGCAGUGUGAAUACUGCCGAUGCACAUGAUAGUCCAAGCAAAAAUGCCCGCCCGGGUACGGCUCUUGGUCACUCUGGCCAUAAGCGAACCAGUCUCUUGCCUCUGCCGAAGCGCGACAAGGAACGGACAGCCGCACAGAAGAAGUUGGAUUCUCGCCCACCUUUUAGAGCAUGA